UAAAGGACUUGGUAAGGAGUUUGCCAAGUUAAUGGCUUCUAAAGGUGCACAUGUCACAAUUAGUGCUAGAGGAAAAGGUGACUUGGACCUUGCCCUAGAAGAAAUUAAAGAAGCAGCUCAAAGUCGUGGAGAUUAUGAAAAUUUGAAAUUCAAUGUGGUUUCAGCUGACUUAUCAAAAUAUGAUGAUUCUAUUCGUGCACUUGAUGAAGCUUCGUCAAAGCAUGACGGAAGAGUACCUGAU